CCGCGGGGGCGGCUGAAGGUGACGGUGGUCGGUCCCGGUGCCGGUGCCCCCCGCCAUGGCUGGCAGACAGCUGCUGGCGUUGCGGCGCCUGCCCGCCGCCUCCUUCUCGACGGCUCCUAAGAAGACGCAGUUCGGGUCGCUGCGGGAUGAAGACCGGAUCUUCACCAACCUCUACGGGCGGCAUGACUGGCGGCUGCAGGGCGCGCUGCGCCGCGGCGACUGGUACAAGACGAAAGAGAUCCUGCUCAAGGGCGUGGACUGGAUCCUCGGCGAGAUCAAGACCUCGGGGCUGCGGGGCCGCGGCGGCGCCGGGUUCCCCACCGGACUCAAGUGGAGCUUCAUGAACAAACCCCCGGACGGGAGACCCAAGUACCUGGUGGUGAACGCAGACGAGGGAGAGCCGGGCACCUGCAAGGACCGGGAGAUCAUGCGGCACGAUCCGCACAAGCUGCUGGAGGGCUGCCUGGUGGCGGGGCGGGCCAUGGGCGCCCGCGCUGCCUACAUCUAUAUCCGAGGGGAGUUCUACAACGAGGCCUCCAACCUGCAGGUGGCCAUCCGUGAGGCAUACGAGGCUGGGCUGCUGGGCGGUGAUGCCUGUGGGUCAGGAUACGCCUUUGACGUGUUCGUGGUGCGCGGUGCCGGCGCCUACAUCUGCGGGGAGGAGACGGCACUGAUCGAGUCCAUCGAGGGCAAGCAGGGGAAGCCCCGCCUCAAGCCCCCCUUCCCCGCUGAUGUGGGUGUGUUCGGCUGCCCCACCACAGUGGCCAAUGUGGAGACGGUGUCGGUGGCCCCCACGAUCUGCCGGCGCGGCGGCGCCUGGUUCGCCAGCUUCGGCCGGGAGCGGAAUUCCGGCACCAAGCUCUUCAACAUCUCGGGGCAUGUCAACACACCCUGCACAGUGGAGGAGGAGAUGUCAGUGCCGCUGAAGGAGCUCAUCGAGAAGCACGCUGGAGGUGUCCGCGGAGGCUGGGACAACCUGCUGGCCGUCAUCCCAGGUGGCUCCUCCACGCCACUGCUGCCCAAGUCUGUGUGCGAGACGGUGCUGAUGGACUUUGAUUCCCUGGUGCAGGCGCAGAGCGGGCUGGGCACGGCCGCCGUUAUCGUUAUGGAUAAAUCGACCGACAUCGUCAAAGCCAUUGCACGCCUGAUUGAGUUCUACAAGCACGAGAGCUGUGGGCAGUGCACCCCGUGCCGGGAAGGUGAGCAGGGAGCAGUGGGUGAGUGGUUGUGGGGCAGGACACUGCAGGGACCCAUCCCUCUUCCCCCUAUUCCCGCAGGCGUGGACUGGAUGAACAAGGUGAUGGCGCGGUUCGUGCGGGGCGAUGCGCAGGCUGCCGAGAUCGAUGCGCUCUGGGAGAUCAGCAAGCAGAUUGAGGGACACACCAUCUGUGCUCUGGGUGAUGGCGCGGCCUGGCCUGUGCAGGGCCUCAUCCGCCACUUCCGCCCCGAGCUGGAGGAGAGGAUGCGGCGCUACAGCGAGGCCAAAGCCCGAGUGGCGUCAGCAUAAGGAUUCACCACCAUACCUCCCUUCUCCUGCUUGGAAGGGGUUUCUGGGGUGCUGGCAGCACUCAGAGGGUU